UGAGCGGUGACUGUCAGGUGACCCCGUCCGCCACAGACCCCUCAAAUCAAACAGUUGCAUUUUAACCGAGCUUGUUAAACGCGUAUUUGUGGGUUGACAACACAUGUCGGGGACAGACACGGUCCAUGUUGGGGUUUUAUCGGAGGACAAAAUGCCCUCGAGACGAAACUCGGGGCGGGAUCUUCCCCCCUCCGUCGCCCAGAGUUACUAUUAAAUCAGUGCCGAUUAGCUUCAUUACGAACUUUAGCUUUUUAAUUGAUUAAUUAGCUCGUCCGACAAUUAACACACGGAUUCUAAAACAACACAUGACUCAACGUGGUUUCCUCUCUCUGCGUGUGUUCCGCUGUAAGUUUAGUAAAAGCGCCGCUGACGAUAAGGAACUUUUUUUGAUUAUUAUUUAGAAAGUGCCACUAACGUUUAGCUAGCUAGCUAGCUAGCAGCGGUUAAUUAUCGUGUAGCUGCUGCCCCGGGAUUGUUGUUGUCACUUUGUGCACGCGUGGACUUCUGGGAAAGCCUCUCAGCGAAGUGUGGGGUUUGUUGUGGUGUGUGUUCGCCAUGGUGACACCGAGCUGCGUCCGUUCUCUCUUUGGUUGUGCGGUUUUCAAGGCAACAGACUCCUGCUGGCGAGAACUUUCUGAAAUCUCCACUUUCUCAUGCAUCCAAACAUCUGCAACCCGAGAAACUGUCAAACAGAACAGAAGCGAUCUCCUCUUCUGCGAUAUCACAGAUGAGUCGUCCUUCUUUGUUCCUCAGUACUGACGCCAGCUCACUGACAUGACCUGCAGUCUGUAAACCAAUGUAGUCAUGACUCUGAGGAUGGACCACGAUGCAGAGUCAGAUCAACAAGAAAAGAUGCGGAGGGUUCUCCUGCCUGGCUGAGACAGAAACUGAGGUCUUUGACUUUGAUAGGGUCAAAGACCUUCAUUUAGGAGAGCUGGAUUUCAAGACACGCCCACAACUCCAGCUUGAUCCUGUGGAACAAAGUCUAGAGAUUUCCGACUCAGCAUCAAGACCGAGAACUGGUCGUCUUCCUGCAGCAUCUUUAAAACCAUUUCAGGUCAUGAUGAGUGGCAUCAAAGCACAGACAGAGGAGCUGAGGCAGAGGAAGGAAGAGCAGAAAAUGGAGCGUCUCUCCGAGGAGGAGAGCGAUGGAGAGACAGAGGUGAAGAUGAGGGAACAAACCGGCACAUUAGGUGAGCUUGGAUUAGGGAGCUCCAUUAACCAAGAAGAGACUGAGUGGAUCAGAUCAGCACAAUCUUGUGCUGCUCACCCCGUAGAACCUGCUCUCACAACCCCCUCUUCCCCGCUCCUUCUUCACUUCACUGCUGAGGAAUUAUCUGAUGCUUCAGGGAUUGAGGAUGAAACUUUACCUGAGAUGGGCUUCAUAGAAAGUCUUCUAGAGUCGCACAGCAGCAACAUAAGCCUCCAGUCCAGUCCUCGUCCUCAGACGUCUGAAAAGCAGGAGGUGAAGUGGCCUCACACAGCGCCUGUAUUUCCUGAACAAGUGAUGGCAAAGACUCAAAUCUAUGUCGGGCCAUUAAACGGAUCAGUAAAGUCAGAUAAGCAUCACAAGCAGCCUGGUUGCUCACAAAGGAAAACAAACCAGACUUGUCCUGAAGCUUCACUUUCUGGGAUUUGUUCCCUCAGCAACGUCAGAGCAGAGUCUCUAGAAUCCAGACCGAGUUCAGACAGAGAGCUGAGGACACCCAGGGGCAGGACAAAUGAAGUCAAUGAGUCCAGAAACAUGCCUCUGACUCACCGCACUCCGGACUUCUCUAAGGUGGGGCCUAAGGUCCGUCUCCCCCAAGGCGGUUACAAGCCCCCCAUGAGCAGGAGGGCAUCCUUGUCUUCCGAGUCCGCCAUAAUUUACAUGUCUCCUACUGACAUUGUGAGAGAAGUACUACUGAACUCCACUAACAGAUCCCCUGACCCAUCUGAUCGGAAGAGCCCACGAAUCAGUGCCCUCAACUCCAAUGUGCCUCAGGAGUUCAGAUCCCGACAGCAUGCCAUCACACUGCUCGAGCAGCUACAGGAGGACCACAACAGACUGCUGACUAAGUACGCUGAGGCUAACAACACUAUUGAUCGUCUGCGUCUGAAGGCAAAGGUGAACCUGUACUCUGACCCUCCAACGCCCCACUCAGUCACACAGUCACGACUGAGCCACGACUCCUCAAAGGUCACGACCCUGGACUUUCCUCAGGCUCAGAGAGCAGAGAUCAACUCAGGUUCUCCUCCUCCAGACGGACACCGCCCUCCUCCAAGCCCUGAUGUGGGAGAACAGAUGGCCAGGAUUCUCUACACUCAGACUGACAGCUUCCUCCAGCAGCUGCARAACUUUGAGGAUCUCCUGAAGAGAAAAAAGCUCAAACCUUCUGAACAGAUGAAGGGUCUCUCACAGCUUAAUGAAGGGUUCAACUCUUUAGAAAGGGGCUACAUAUUUGCGAGGGACGAGCACAAACUCAUGCAGCUGAGUGGAAAAGACGUCGGCCACUUUGACCAUGGACGAGAGCUGGAAGGGCUGAUCUUCCGGUGUGAACAGCAUUUGGAGGAGCUGAAGGAGCAGGUAGAACAGAUGCGACWGGAACAGCCCACCUGUGAGGCUCCUCCCUCCCCACCUCCUCAACCCACCCCUCCAUCUGUUAGCUCAGAAGGAGGAGAAAUUCUGAGUCUCCCACAGGUACCACCACCCAGGUCCAGUCCAUCUUCACAUGCAGCCUCGAGUCCGUCCACCUCGCUCCAAGUUCAUCCGCCCAGUGGCCACAGGGGGUUAGAGAGAGGGAAGUUUCACAGYAGCAGCUUGAGCAGCCUUGGAGAGACUCCUGCAUCAGAGAGGAGGAACUCCAAACUCCAACCUGGGAGCAGCAGAACACUUUCUCAGGAUGGUAUCAUCUCUCCAGAGACGGACAGUGGGUUUAUUGGUUCAGAGAGCUGCCGUCUUAGUCCCGCAGCUGGCCCCAGUCCUCUCCACCAGAGGGCGUCACUAAGCAAUUUAGUCCAUCAGGGCGGGAACACAAGGAAACCUCAGACAGUCUCAGCAUUGUCUCCUCCGUCCUCAUCGAUACACCGACACACAGCUGCAGAGUCCAGAGGGGCCUCCCAGCCCCUCGGCCCCAAACAGACGAGUAGAAGCAGACAGAGGAGACGCACCUACUCCUGCUCCCCACAGCGCUGGGUCAGUCAGACAGAAAGAAGCAUAGCCGACAGUGGAGCCAGACUGGAGAGUGACAGCACUCACACAGUGUCUGAAGACGGACAUAGUGACCAGUUCGCAGAAUCCAUCAGUUCCCUCAGCUCCAGCUCCUCCCCCACUGCACCGCGUCACCAUGGCAAUUCUCUCAGAGCUCUGGGACCCAGAGUAGUGACGAAUCACAACGAUGCAUUUAGGACUCUGGAGGCUAAAGUCACCAGACUGGAGGAGGGAAUGCAUCGCCUGUGGAAUAAGAAAACUCUGAGCCCUGUGAGAGCAGCUGCAUCAGUUCAAGAGAAUCACACACACCUCUACACGUCCACACCUUGCAGCAGGCCUGAGGAGAGAUGUCACAGUAACGUCAGCAGGGGAAGAAGAGAAAGACGAAUGGCUGAUGAUGUGGAGGAGUGUACACUGAGACGAAUGGCCAGAGAGAGAUCACCCUGUGUGGACAGACGACAACCAAGUGACAUCUUUACAGGUUCAUAUCCGGAGCCCUUGACAUCGCAGCCUCAGCCUCGGAUAUCCAGAUGCACUCAAACGUCCUCUGCAGCACCAGGAAGCUGCUGCUCACACACAAAUAGUGUCCAGAGCAAUAAAACCCACCCCAGGCAGCGUCCAGCCGAGUCUAUUCAAGUGUCAAACACAGCAGAUGAACCUGACAGCAGAAAUCAUCAACCUCCUGUUCUCUGUGUCAAAUGUUUGUCACGUCUCCGAGGACGAUCUGCCCGUCCAGCUGGUGGCAGCAGCGAGUCGACCCCCUCCCCCUCCCCCUGCUCCUGUCACUGUCCUCUCAGUAGAUGUCCUCAGCAGAACAGAGGCACUAAGACAGGUUUGUCUGAUGUGAUUCAGUUCACACACAUUGUGAGAGAAUGA